GACGGUGACCGAUGCGGACACGGCCGGGGCGGACCUGACCUACUCCUUCAUCGCGGGAAACACGGCAGGGAACUUCUGGCUCUUCACUCUGAAUAACACCGAGAACAACCCAUGGGUCAUGCUGAACAACCAAGUCGACUACGACACGGGAGAUGAUGUCUUCACAUUAGUGGUCAAAGCGCAAGACCAGUCCUCCAACACAGCAACUACCCAAGUCGUCAUCUACGUAGAACAUGUGAAUGAGUUUAACCCAGUCUGGGGCUCGCCUUCCGCCUUGCCGUCUGACACGGUUACGGUUGACGAGGACCAGCCUAUCGGCACGACUGUGCUGACCCUGGACGUAAGCGACUCUGACGCGGGGACGGACGGGGACCUGACCUACAGCAUCACGGCAGGGAACACAGAUUCAGCUUUUGAACUUGAUCCUAAAACCGGGGAGCUACUGGUCAGCAAAGACGACAGUGCGUUAAAUGCUGCCUCAGAGGACUUGAUGCAACAGAGUAUGGAUCGCUUUUCUUCUGCUGCUGACAACUUUGGUCUCACGAUAAGCACUAAGAAAACAGAGGUCCUGUACCAACCUGCACCGCAUAAGCCGUACGUGGAUCCUGUCAUUACUGUAAACGGGGAAUCACUAAAGGCAGUUGCAAAAUUCAAGUACCUUGGCAGCACACUCUCCAGGUCUGUAAGCAUAGACGAUGAGGUUGACGCACGGGUCGCUCUGGCAAGCUCCUCCUUCGGACGUCUGCGAGCCUCAGUGUGGGAGAGGAGAGGCAUUAGACUGAGCACGAAGUUAAAGGUGUACAGGGCAGUUGUACUGCCAUCACUACUGUACGCCUGCGAAACAUGGACGAUCUACGCACGUCAUGCCAGAAGGCUCAAUCGCUUUCACAUAAACUGCCUGAAAAGACUCAUGAAGAUCACUUGGCAAGACAAAGUCCCAGACACAGAGAUCCUCCAGCGGGCCGAUCUGCCAAGCAUCCACACACUGCUGAGGAGAGCCCAAGUCAGAUGGGCAGGCCACCUGGUAAGGAUGCCUGACACACGGCUACCGAAGAGACUUCUGUACAGUGAACUGGUAGAAGGCAAGCGCUCAGUGGGAGGACAGAAAAAGCGCUUUAAGGACACACUGAAAACAACUCUUAAAAGUUUCAAGAUAGAUACAUCUACCUGGGAAUCAGCAGCCCAAAACCGUGCUGCCUGGCGCAGCCACAUCAGCAGCGGUGCUACUCUCUACGAGAAAACCAGGAUCGCAGAAGCCGUGAGGAAACGCGCUUCCAGAGCUGCCCCCACAUCCCGGACUCCAGAAACCCACCUGUGCCCGACCUGUGGCAGAACCUUCAGAGCCCGUCUUGACUUUGAGACGAUGUCCGGGUCGUACAACAUCAGUAUCCAGGCGGUGGACGGAGGGAACCCCGCCCGCAGUGCAGACUCCUUCGUACUGGUCUACAUCGGGAACGUCAACGACAACCCGCCAUCUUGUACACAGACCACGUUCGUUGUCCAAGUACCUGAGGAUGAGAGCGUCAACAUCUUCCCUGGUUUCGUGAACAUCGACUGUGACGACAAUGACGGAGACGUCCUCACCUACAGCAUCAUUUCCGGUGACCCUGCCGGCACAUUCCGGAUCACACAGAGCGGGGGUUUCUACACGAUCUUCCCCGGCAGCGCGCUCGACUACGACGACCCCACGAACACGCCUCGGUCGUACGACCUGAUCGUGCAGCUGAGCGACGGCACCACGACCCUGGAAGUCCCUGUCGCGAUUGGCGUGACUCCCGUGAACGACGGCACGCCGACCAUCGCAGACGACACCGUCACAGUUUCCGAGGCCACGCCCAUAGGUGACGUCAUCUAUGACGUAGAUGACGCGGACCCUGACGCGGCGGACCAGGCGCACGGCGUCGUGACGUAUGCCAUCACGGGGCCGGCAACACACCCUUUCCGGAUAGAUGCUUCUUCUGGCGUGAUCUCCGUGGCCUCUACCCUGGAUUUUGAAACGUCGACCAGCUACAACCUUGUGGUCGUGGCGACAGACGGCGGCGGGCUGGCCUCCACCGCCACGGUCACGGUCAACCUGGACGGCGUCAACGAGUUCUACCCCACAUGCACCUCUUCCAACUUCGGCGUCUCAGUCAGCGAAACUGCAGCAGCAGGCAGCCUGGUCGUGGAUUUGGGCUGUACCGACAACGAUAGUGGUUUUGACGGGGCGUUAUCCUAUACAGCCACACAGACCCCGUCUACGAGGUUUAGCGUUGCAACAGGACAGAUUCUUGUAUCGUCUGCAUUAGACUAUGAUGGCGGGGAAACGCUGUAUUCUCUUGUCAUCUUGGUGAACGAUAACUCAGUAGUAACCUCAAAUCAGAAAACGACUACGCUAACCGUCACUAUCGAAGUCACACCCGUAAACGAAGCCACUCCGACGGUUUCUUCAAUUUUGUACUCGGAAAACAUCUCGGAAGACAUCGCUAUCGGCAACACGGUUAUUGACUUGGACGCAGCGGACACCGACGCCUCUAGCCACGCACACGGUAUUGUGACGUACAGCAUUACGUCAGGGAACACAAACGGUGUCUUCAGCGUCGAUCCGAGCAGUGGAGUCAUCGUGACGAAUUCGCCAUUAGACUUUGAGACCACUCCGCUCUACACACUUGAGGUGACGAUGGUUGACGGCGGCACCCCUCCGCUCAGCUCCACCACGAUAGUCUUGGUCGUUCUGGACGACGUGAACGACAACACUGCCGAGUGCGUGCCCUCGGUGUUCUCGGAGACCGUCUCAGAGACCCAGCCUGCCGAUUACGUCGUUACGUCCCUGUCCUGUACCGACGCUGACGCCGGGCUGUUUGGAGCGCUGACUUACUCCAUCUCAGCGGGCGACACCAACCAGUUCUACAUGAACGGGUCAGAUCUGCUGCUGACCAACCCGCUGGACUAUGAUGCGGUUCCGAGGAAGUACGACCUGGAGAUCACGGUUUCUGACAACGGCUCUCCGCCCAACUAUGACGUCAUCCCCGUCACGGUGCACGUGGACCCUGUGAACGAGUUUUCCCCGGCCUUCGUCAUUUCCGGGGAUCUCGUUCUUAGCGUGGACGAGGACUUCACGGUGAACGAUCCAAUCACGAACGUCGCUGCUACUGACGCAGACUCUGACGUCAACGCGCAUGGGCAGAUCACCUACACUAUCCUGUCAGGAAACAUCGAAGCCAAGUUUGCCUUAGACUCCUCCACGGGCAUUCUAUAUCUAGUAGACGAGUUAGAUCGGGAGACCACCGCGUCCUACAACAUCCUAGUCCAGGCCUCGGACGGAGUCCUGUUCAACGCCGGAACUCCGAACACCAUCACAAAAUGGGUCAACAUAACGGUCAACGACGUCAACGACAACGAACCACAGUGCACGCCUUCAAACAUCGCCGUCACCUUUAACGAGAGUACAGCUACAGGAACGUUGAUAACAACCGUUACAUGCCAGGAUUUGUUCGACUUGGGUACAAACGCCCAAAUUCAGUACUCUUUCUCUGGUUCCGGUAACGUCGGUAACACGUUCGCCAUCGACCAGACAACUGGACAGAUCACACUCCAGAACCCACUAGAGUAUGACUCCAGCACCGAUCCUCAGUCUUACUCGCUAACCGUCCACGCUGUAGACCAGGGUGCCACUAAACUGACAGGAACCGCACUGGUAACAGUAGCAGUGAGCCCGGUGAAUGAAGACACGCCGCAGUUUUCGGAGACAGCGUAUGUCGCUUCAGUGUCAGAAGACGCAAGCCUCGGCACUUCCGUUGUACAAGUCAUCACAACGGAUACCGACGCAGGGGACGACGGUGUUGUCCGCUUCAGCAUGCCUGCUGACAGCACCUUCCUACUGGAAGAGACCACAGGAUGGCUGGUUCUGAAGUCUGCGCUAGAUAGAGAAAGCACAUCAUUCUAUUCCCUAGUAGUUACAGCCACCGACCAACCAGCCAACCCGUCCGAUGCUCUGUCUGCUGAAGUGAACGUCACGAUCACAGUUACAGAUGUGAACGACAACGCUCCUUUCAUUAUACCUUCAUCGCUUCAAGUUACCCUUAGCGAAAACGACGCAGUCGGCUCUCCUGUAGCCUUUAUCACUGUUUUCGAUUUUGACACCGGUAUCAAUGACGAUCUCUACUACGGUAUCACUGGAGGAAACACCAACACAGAUUUCUCUAUAAACCAACUCGGCGUCAUCACUACAGCCCGCGCUCUUGAUUACGAGACGACCACCUCCUACUCCCUAACAGUCACAGUCACCGACCAGGGCUCGACCCCAUUAUCGUCGACCGCACAAGUCGGUAUAACCAUCACCCCGUAUAACGAGUUUGACCCAGCUUUCUCCCAAGCUUCCUACAGCAUCGCCAUAGACGAAGACACUGCUAUUGGCGUCUCAAUUGGCAAAGUCACUGCCACAGACGCCGACUUCGGCUCAGACGGCUUGCCAGACGACGUUACGUACAGCUUCUCAACCACGAGUUCGAAGUUUUACAUUGAUGAGUACACAGGGGAUGUCAGGGUGAAGGGAGCACUAGACAAGGAGACACAAGACACGUACACGCUAACAGUCGUAGCAACAGAUUCAGGCACCACCCCUGCGGUAAGAUCUAACAGCGUGACACUGACGAUCACAAUAGGAGACACCAACGACAACGCGCCGGUGUUUAGCCCGGCUGCUUACACCGCAGAGGUACCCGAGAACGCAACCGUCGGUUACAACGUUGUUACGGUUGUAGCCAGCGACAGCGACCUCGGAGUCGGUGGCACCGUGGAUUACAACAUCGUCGCUGGCAACGCUCCGGACAACAUUUUUGCCGUAGAUUCAAGCGGCAACGUGUACGUCACCUCCACCGCAUAUCUGGACUACGAAACCACCACAGUUUACACUCUUUCAGUAACGGCUAGCGACCAGGGCACACCCCAGCUAACAUCCACCGCCAGAGUAGGCAUACAGAUAACUGCAUACAACGAGUUUGACCCGGUAUUUUCAAACGGCGGCACCUACACAGCUACCGUCUACGAAAACGGAAAUCUCGGUGACGCGGUGGUUCGGACCACGGCUUCUGAUGACGACGCCGGUUCCGACGGUGACGUCACGUACUUCAUCACAUCCGGGAACUCUGACGGUCACUUCGCGAUGGAUUACGUCACCGGGUGGAUCACCAUUGACAAAGAACUUGACCGUGAGGUCACCGGUUCUUACACCCUGACGGUGACGGCUUACGAUGGAGGGACCUCACCCAGGAGGUCAGCAGACGCGACCGUUCACGUGACCAUUGAUGACGUGAACGACAACGCGCCGACAUGUACGGGUUAUUACUACGACCGGACGCUCGCGGAGUCCGUACCAGCGGGAACAUCACUCCUGCAGCUAACAUGCAGUGACCCAGAUGCAGGCGUGAACGGUGACCUGACCUACACCCUGACGUCAGGAGAUCUGUACGGACAGUUCCACGUCGGCAGUACCGGGCAGCUGACUGUCAGCACCGGGCUGGACUACGAGAACACCACGGAGUAUCAACUUACCAUCACUGUGUCAGACGACGGUUCUCCUUCCCUGUCCGCCGAGGUGACCGUUUCCAUGGAGAUAACCGGAGAGAACGAGUUCCAGCCGGUCUUCACCCUGAACCCGUACAGCGUGUCAAUCAACGAGAACAUCUCACUGGCAACGUCCAUCCUCAGGGUUAAUGCUGUGGACCAGGAUGCCGGAACACAAGGUGAAUUGAAGUAUUACAUCACAUCCGGGAACCAGGGCGGCGCCUUCAGUCUUGACUACCUGACGGGUGACCUGAGUACUGCAGCUGUGCUGGACAGGGAGGCGGUGGACACAUACGUGCUGACUGUUGUCGCCAUCGACGGUGGAACCUCCCCGCAGAGGUCCGGCACCAGUACCGUGACAGUCACUAUCCAGGACGCCAACGACAACCCUCCGUCCUGUCUCCCCACCUCAUACACCGUCACCGCGCCUGAAAACACCACUCUAAACACCGUGCUCACAACUGUGAACUGCAGCGACAACGACGUCAGCGUAAACGCCCAGCUGACGUACGCCAUCGUGAACGGGAGUGACGGCAGCGUUGCCGUGUCGCCUGGCAACGGUGACGUGUACCUGGCGGGGCCCUUUGACUACGAGACGACGGACAGUUACUACAUCCAGGUGGAGGUGACAGACGGCGGAUACCAGAGUAACACGGCAACUGUUUACGUCAGUGUGGAGGUGACCGGGGUGAACGAGGCAGCACCGGCGUUUGUGGCGGCAAGUUACCAGGUGAGCGUUGCUGAGAACGAAACCACGGGGCUUGUCCUCCUCCAAGUGAUCGCCACGGACUCCGACAGAGGAGACGACGGGCGCUUCUCUUACAGCCUAACGGGCGGGAACGCUGCCGGCAGGUUCCAGAUCAGCGCCACGAGCGGACAGGUGGAACUCAAGCGGCGUCUGGACAGGGAAGACACGGACUACUACGUUCUCACCGUCACGGCUACAGACUUGGGAUCUCCCGCGCUAUCCAGCAACGUCUACGUGUACGUCAACGUCACUGACGUCAACGACAACCAACCUACGUGUCCUUCCUACGUCCUGAAUUUCGAAUUGGACGAAGAUGUCAACAUUGGAACCACCUUAGCCUCUUUCAAUUGUUCCGAUGCAGACUUAGAUGCCAACGCAGAUCUCUCGUACAGUAUAAUAAGCGGGGAUCCAACUAACCGGUUUGCGAUGGUACAGAAUCAACUCCAAGUUCAGAACUCGCUAGAUUACGAAGGAGACGACUGGUACUACUUAACGUUGACUGUAGCAGACAACGGGUUUCUAUCCCUCAGUACCAAUGUAACCGUGUCCGUUCACGUGAAUCCCGUCAACGAGUUUCCUCCCGUGUUCAACGACUCGUCCUACUCAGCAAACCUUUUCGAGAAUAUUACAAGCGGGACUGUGGUGGUGACCGUCGGGGCUACCGAUGGGGAUAACCCCGAUCAGGCUCAGGGCAUGUUCCGAUACUCAAUCGUCUCGGGAAACACUGGCAACAAGUUCACUCUCAACGACGAGACGGGAGAAAUAUCCGUGGUAAGACCGCUCGAUCGGGAGACUACAGACUUCUACAACCUAACGGUGAGGGUGUACGAUAACAUCUACGGAGCAACCCCACAGCUUUCCUCCGAUGUGCAGGUAGAAAUCACGGUUUUGGAUGUAGACGACAACCCUCCAAGUUUUGAGCCCGAGUCAUACUCUGUAAGUGUUGUGGAAGGCGCCGCCAAUGGCACCCAACUGGCAGUACUUACCUACACGGACGCUGACGAUGGUGCCAACGCAAUUUCCAUUCUCAGUGUCACUUCCGGUAACGGUGCAGGUCUCUUCGUGCUAAUUUUCGACAGGCUGUUCCUGGUAGGGGCUUUAGACUACGAAACCGAGCAGCAAUACGUCCUGACCGUGCAAGCAACCGACGUGCUACAACCGACCUUCACGGAUACAGCAGAAGUGAUCAUCAAUGUAAUAUCCGCAAACGACAACCCGCCAGUGUUCGCCGUGGACAACACGACCAUCAAUGUAUCAGAAGACGCCGCGCUGGGGACUGUGCUAUACGACGCCAACGCUACAGAUAGCGACUUGGGAGAACACAGCGAACUCACCUACUCUAUUGUAUCCGGCAGCUCUCCUACUUUCCUCAUAGACAGUGUUACUGGUAUAGUCAGACUUGGCGCUGGACUGGAUAGGGAAACACAGGCGUCCUACGUAGUUAACAUCACAGCACAAGAUACAGACUUUUACGACUUCAUGUUGCUCUACGUCUUCGUCACAGAUAUUAACGACAACGAACCCACUAUGAGUAACACCGUGUAUUCUGCAACUGUUGACGAGAACCAACUUAUAGGAACUGUCCUCACAUCAGUUCUAGCCACAGAUCCUGACGAGGGUAACAACAGUGACAUCACCUACACAACCCGUGGUUCCGACGCAAAUUUCUUUUACCUCAACAGCACGACCGGUGCCAUAUCUAGUCAAAGCACGCUGGACUUCGAGUCUAGGAGGUCGUACUAUUUCUUCGUCAGGGCGUACGACAAUGGUUCUCCGCGGCGUUACUCCUCUUGGUCAGGGGUGCAGAUUAUACUGAACGAUCUUAACGACAACAGUCCAGUGUUCUCCCCCACUAGUUAUACGUACACUCUUUCAGAGGAUUCGCCGUACCCUGUGGACUUGCUAACAGUCUACGCGUCAGACGACGACUCUGGUACGAACGCUGCCAUCACGUAUUCCAUCGCCUCGGGAGAUCUCUUCAACCGGUUCCAGAUAAACCAAGAUGGCGUCUUGAGUCUCAUCGACGCUCUUGACCGCGAGUUCACUCCCCUCUACAUUCUCUCCGUCGCUGCUACGGAUGGCGGCACGCCGGCGCUGGUUGCUACAGCUUUCGUCGCCAUCACCGUUGAAGACGUAAACGACAACCCGCCAAGCUUUGCACAAGCUUCCUACUCAGUUAACGUGGACGAAGAUGUCACCCUCUACACUACUGUACUGACUCCCGUUGUUACUGAUCCGGAUAGCGGGCCAAACAGUGAGGUUACGCUCUUCAUCCUCUCUGGAAACGACAACAACAAAUUCAGCAUUGAUCCCAUCUAUGGUUACAUUUUCAACAUCGCUACGUUUGAUAGAGAAGUACAAGACACGUACAACCUCACAAUCCAAGCACAAGAUGGUGCAAGCCCCUUCUACACGGCCACGACAGUUGUGUACAUUCGAAUCGUGGAUAUUAACGACAACGCUCCGGCGUUCGCACAGGCGUCGUACCAGGCGAACAUCGACGAGAACGUCGCCGUAGGAACGUCGGUGAUCACGGUCCUCGCUACCGACGUCGACAACGGCACUAAUGGAGAAGUCAACUACUACAUAACGGACGCGACAGUUCCUUUCACUGUGGACAACACUACAGGUGUGAUAUCCACAAGCGGCGGCCUUGACCGUGAAACCGUUUCCUCCUACACCUUCCUGGUGACGGUGCGAGACCGCGGGACACCUCAGUUCUCAGACCAAGCGACGGUGACUGUGUCCGUUCUCGACCUCAACGACAACACGCCAAAUUUCACCCAACCAUCCUACAGCGUAACCAUCGAAGAGAACUUAUCCCAGGGCACGAGUAUUUUAACAGUCAGCGCUACUGAUGAAGACUCCGGCACAAACGCAGACAUAACCUACUCCAUAUCUUCAAGCAGUACGUUGGGGCUACAGUUCUACAGCAUUGACGCGACUUCAGGGCAGAUUUCCGUGAAAGAAGCGAACGACAGGGAGACGCUAGACUUCGUGCAGAUGUACGUGGUGGCUACAGAUGGUGGAUCGCCUGGGCUCAGCUCAUUGGUCGAGGUGAACGUGACGAUCUCUGACGUCAACGACAACGCGCCAAUCCUGGUGCAGACGUUCUUCAGCCUGGAAAUCCGAUACGACAGCAGCAGCCUCACCAACCUGGCCACACUCAGCGCCACGGACGCCGAUCAAGGCAUUAACGGCGAGAUCCAGUACUACCUGCUGGACCAGACCAGCCUGUUCCAUGUAGAUCUUCUGUCUGGACAUUUCCGUAAGAAGGACAACUCCACGCUACUGCAGCCGGACUACAAGUAUGUCAUGACCGCCGUGGCCAGAGAUGCGGGUUCCCCGGUGCUGACGUCCAACCCGCCUGCGACCCUCCGAGUGGACACGUUCCGUCCGGAGGAGUGUCUGGUGGACAUGGUCGUGGCACUGUCAUACGACCAGUUCCUACAGGUCCAGGACGCGUUUAUCGCCGCUCUGUCGGCGGUGUUCUCGCCGGGCAGGAUCGGGGUGUCUGACGUCACAACUAGCAGCGGCACAAGCCGCAGGAGGCUACUACAGUCCGACUCAGUGACGGUGUCCGUGUACGGGGUCGCGAACACCCUGACCGACUCGUCCUCCGGCCUGUCGGCGGCGAAGUCCUUCCUGUCCGCCGACGAGAUCCUGGAGACGGCCCGGCUGGACGACUCGGGGACACCCAGCGCCGCCGUUUCCGGCCAGGAGUUUCUCAACUUCCCAAUAACGCAGGUGCGUCGGUCGAUUGACAACAGCGUGACGACGGCUGCUACACCCUUUGUGCAGACCCCCGCCGGAAUCGCCGUGCUGACGAUCAGCGCAGUUCUGGGGCUCAUCCUGCUCAUCCUGCUGGUGGUCUGCUGUGUCAGCUUUUGUAAGAGGAGGAAGAAGAACAAAGUCGACAAAGGGGCAAAUUCGAAACCGACAAACCCAGAGGAAAAGAACAAAGAAAAGGCUAAAACUCAACCUGUGAUCAUCGCGAACGCCUGGACCGAUACUAAAGGAGUCCAGAAUACAAGACUAGAUACUCCAGUCAAGAAUGCCAGUCAAAACACCCCAGAGAAGAAGACACAAAAAGUGCCGCCAAACAGUCGUGAAAGAAAAAGUCCCACAACUUCACUAACAUCUGAGGACAGACGGAGUAACAGUUACUUCGAUGGCGUCGCUACAGAUACAGUUUCCGGCCGACGGUAUCUGUACAACUCACUAACGGGGCAUAGAAAGUGGCUGAAACCUAACCAACCCAACACGCUGUCGCCUGUUAUAAACUAA